AUGACCACCUCCAGCACCUCCGCCACCCACAACAUGAAGUACCGCUAUCUCGGCAACUCUGGUCUCCUCGUGUCGCGUCUGUCAUUCGGCAGCUGGGUGACGUUCGACACGCAGCUGGACUUUGACAAGGCAUACAGCAUCAUGGAGCACGCGUACAAGCAGGGCGUCAACUUUUUCGACAACGCGGAAGUGUACGCCAAUGGUCAAUCGGAGAUCAUCAUGGGCAAGAUCGUGAAGACUGGUAUUGACGCCAAGCUGUGGGCUCGCGAGGACCUGGUGCUCAGUACGAAGCUCUUUUUCGGCACCAAGUCGGGUCCUAACGACGUGGGCAAUAGCCGCAAGCACCUGGUGGAAGGCAUGAAGGCGUCCCUCAAGCGGUUCGACCUGGACUACGUCGACCUGGUCUUUUGCCACCGUCCAGACCCUGCCACGCCUAUUGAGGAGACGGUGCGGGCUAUGAACUUCCUCAUUGACCAGGGCUGGGCGUUCUACUGGGGCACAAGCGAGUGGUGCGCCAAGGACAUUAUCGAAGCGUGCGAGAUCGCCGACCGUCUCGGUCUGGUGCGUCCCAUAUUCGACCAGCCGCAGUACCACAUUUUGGAGCGCUCGCGGGUCGAGUAUGACUUUGACGUGCUGUACAAGAAGUACAAUUACGGGCUCACGACGUGGUCGCCGCUGGCGUCCGGUGUCCUCACGGGUAAAUACAGUAAGGGCAUUCCAGAAGGCUCGCGGCUGUCGGUGCCGUCGUACAAGGCCAUGCUGUCGAACGGACUGGACGAGAAGAUUGUCAAGGCUGACAAGCUGGCCGAGGUGGCCAAGGAAGUGGGCUGUUCGCUGGCGCAACUGUCGAUCGCCUGGGUGGCGGCCAACCCGCACGUGUCGACUGUGAUUCUCGGAGCAACGAGCAUCAAGCAGUUGGAUGAAAACUUGAAGGCGAUGGAGUUUAUCGACAAGAUUACGCCCGAGAUUCGCGAAAAGAUUGACGCGAUCGCCGAUUUCAAGCCCAAGUCGAUCGCUCAGGCUGAGCCGUACGUGAUCAAGCUGCGCCAGAAGUGGCUGUAA